AGUGAGUCAAAGAAUUAUGACUGGUACAUGUAGUGUAUCUCACAGACUUGUACAUUAUCAUACAUGGGAUCUCUGAUGCAUUAUGUAGUGUGGAGUAUUUUUCAAGCAAGACUGCGAAAGGCUAAAUUGGACCGGGUGCCCUUGACAGAUCAAAUAAAGAACUAAGAAAGCUCAUUUUCCAUUUUAUGUCUGGAGUUAACCAUCUCUGUACCAUGGCAUCAAAGUUUCCACAAGACAACUUGAGUCAGCUACGACAGAGGAAAGGUCAUGACAUGACGUGGUCAUGUGACAAGCACGGUGAGCCAAUCAAAUUCUACUGUAAGAAACAUAAAAUUCCCGUUUGCCAUCCUUGCGCUACCAAAGAUCACAGUCAGAAACCAUGUGAGCUCGAUGACAUCGAGGAUGUCAUCCUCGAGAGCAGGAAAAAGCUGGAUGAGAAAAAGCCAAACAUAGAUGAAGCCAACAAAAAAUUAGCUAAUUUGCAUUCCAAACUAGCAUGCAUUGAAACAUCUUCAAACGACCACCUGAAUGCUGUCAAUGAUGAAAUUCAAGUUGUAAUUCAAGGCUCGUUAAAAAGUACAAAGGAUAAGGAGAUCCAAAAGAUUAGGAGGAUAAAUCUGGAAGCAGAUGAGGAAAUUAGACUAAUAAAUGAAAGGAGAGAAAAGCAGAUCACGGCAUGUAACACUGAAAUAGAGAAAGAGCUACAGCACAAAAGAGAUAAAGAAGCAAGCCUCUUAGCAGAUGUAAAGACUAUCAGAGAAUUAGUUUCAAAUAAGAUUAGAGAACUCACAAGUAAGAAUCAACAUGAAAUUGAAAUUGUUAAGAAUAUUGAAUCAACCAUCACACGCAUAAAGCAGAAUGAUGAAACAUUGGUGAAUGAAGCUCCUCAAGUACUCACAUCUAUCGAUGAAAAUUUAAGUUUGAACGUUCACCAAGACGUUAGCGAUUGUCUUGACAGAAUACAGAGAGAAGUUUGGAAAGUCGAAUUUACCGACGAUGGAGAUGAUGAAGAAUACAAAAUCAGAUUUACAUGUAACUGGUGUAAGUUAGUAAAAUCAAUUCACAUUCCAUUUGUUGUUAAUCAACCGGUAAUGCAUGGUUUGAUCAGUGAUGACGAGAUUUGUGUGUUUGACAGAGAUACAAAUAACAUGUACAUUACAGACUUGAGCACUGGAAACACACACCAAGUCACUGAUGGAGAUCAGAUAACACGUAUGAGUAUCACAUCAAUUGCUCCCAUUGACAGCAACAUAAUUGUAUGUGGUAAGGAGGAAUUGAAUGGCGAAAGUGGCAGCUUGUAUGAAUGUUUAACUCUUUAUGAUAGACAUGACGGAGAAUGGAAGGUUAUAAGUGAGAUCAGCAUCCCGAACAAUGGUGAUAAUUACAUAAUCAAUACCGAUGUGUAUGUUGAUGUUGAUAGAGAUGGGAUGAUCCUCGCUGCUCAGUGCGAACAGUCUAGUCUCUAUGUCAUCAACCCCGCUGAUGGUAAGAUCGUAAACACUAUUACGAUGCCACUCAUCGUGUUGGGCAGGAUGCAAGCCUUGUCAUCAGGCGAUAUUGUUGUAAAGACUUGUUAUGAUGAAUUUACUAUCAUCUCACGAUCAGGAGAAAAGAAGGCUGUCAUUCGCUGUGAUGAGUGGCACUGGGCGCAGUGUCAGGUUGACAAAAUGACGGACACUCUUUACAUCACAUACCAAGAUAAAACUCCCAAAACCGUUGCAGUUGAUACGGUGUCGUGUGAUGGUAUCAUCCAGGCAAGGAGGAUCAUUCAAUACGUGAAAUCAGAUCGCAGUGACUACAUCAUGCCUUGUCUUGUUACUCCUUCUGGUAACCUUGUAGUUUGUGAUGGGGACAAGGUCCAUACUUACAAUAAAGAAUUUAUCUCGUAAACCAUCCAGACUAUCAAGAGAUGAAGAUCAGUUCGUAAUGAAAAUUAAACACCGAUGGUUUGUCUUCAAUUUCAUUUGAGUUUAAUUUUCAUUAGCACCCCCCACCCUCACCUGGAUUCAUUUAUGUCUAAUAUAAGGUAAAAUGUAAUGGUGAUUAUUAUGUAUAAUAAUAAUAUGCAACAUUUUUUAUAGUACUUAAUAGAAAUGUUUAUAAGCGCUGCAUGCUAUUACCCGGCUUUAGCACUGCUAUCCUGAUAGGAUGCUCAAGCAUUCAAGGAAUUCCUCCUACCAGGUACCCAUUUACUACACCUGGGUGAAGAGUGGCAAAUGUAGACAGAUGCCAUGCCAAAGGACGUGAGUGCUGCGGUGGGAUUUGAACUCCGGACCUUGUGGUUCAAAUUCCGGAGACUAAUCCACUGAACCACAACACUUCUACUACAUGCAUGUAUAACUAUACACUUUAGAUUGUGUUUGCAUUCAUUUUAUUGCUUUGUCAGUCUAAAUAAAGGGAGGAGGACCCUUAAAAAUUUGGAGGAUAAAAUCCUUUAGAAUUGGCAUUCACCACUCAAAUUUGAGUCCUUCUUCAUUUUGUUCUUAUUUUCAUAUACCAAUAUGUGGAACAUUAUGAAUUUAUUUAUGGAAAUGAAUAUAUACACUUGUGCUUGAGAGUUAGUGAACCCCACUUCAAAAUGCACUUCCAUAUGUCUUUUGUUCAAUGGGGACAACAUAACCACAAUAUUCAGCUACAUGUACAUGUAGCCCAGAGAAAACAAACUUUAUUGAAUGUGAUAUUUUAUCACCUGACUUCACAAUUAAAUAUUCAAAACAUGGCAGAACUUGAAUACUUUAAAUGUGUUCAUAUUCUGGUGGGGUUCACUAACUUCCGAGCACAGCUGUACAUAGACUCUAUAGUAUUUCCAUAGCUGUCAUCAUUUCUGCACAUGGCAAUGUGUUAUUCUGAUGACACCAAGAUUUAAGGGGGCGUUGCAAGAAAACAUUUGCAAUCAAUCGCAUAUAUAUUCUGUUGCAAUUUUACAAACGAUUGAUCACUUUUAAAUACAGCAAAUCAUAUUACACUCCUUGUUUCAUGGAAGAGAUUAGCAAUCAAUUGCAAAUUUGCAAACAAUUGCAUGGCAUAUGCUUGAUUUCGGGAACGGAAAUAGACUUGCAAUUGCUCGCAAGUUUCUUGCAAUGCUCCAAUACUCUGAAAGAGAUCAGAAGACAGCCAAUAAAGUUAAUACCUAUUUGAAAGUGUCAUGGCCUUUUAUACAUUACCAAGUUCAAGUUGCAGGUUAAUGCUGAUAAGGCUGAGGUCGUUAACAUUCAUACACAAGUUGCACCUUUUAUCUGUUAUAUUAUGAUAUAUUUGGUUUAUAUUCAUGUUAUAUAACUGAUAAAUUAUUGUACUAUUUUGUUUAUUCAGAGUUGUUAAGCACAUAGAAAACUACAGUAGUUGUAAAUCAUAGUGUUUAGUUUAAUACAUGUAGGAGUAUGUUCUUUUAAUUAUCAGGAUUAUUUGAAUUUAGUAACAUAUCACCCCCUUGUAUUUAAGUUGUACAUUUACCAAUAAUCUCUGUACUUAUAUGCCUCAUUAUAAUGUACCGGUAAUGAUGCUUUCAUGUUCGUCUUCUUUCUUGUUCUUGUUCUAGAUAUCUUGUAUAUAUUUUUUUUUUCUUUUGUCAACACUUUUGUAUAAAGCGCUUUAUAAAUUUUGUAUAUCAUUAUCAUUACUAUCUAUUAUGCACGUAGUUUAAUACCCUCUAUUAUUAUUAUAACAUAUACAUGUACAUAUAUAACACAAAUAAAAGAUGGUCCGGAAGUUUAGAGUGGAAUAUACUAAACAAUCCUGAACUCUAUACUAUUAAAUUUAUAAAAAAAACAAUGAGAGUAAUGACAUUCAACUGUCAUAAUUAUCACUCUGGACUGGAUAUUUUCAAGCUUAUAUACAAGCGUUAAUUAGUACUUGGUCGCUGAAUAGAUUUAUUGAUAUUUUCAUUCAUCGACUGUCCCAACACGACAAGAAACAGAGAAAGGCAAAAUGUGUAUCUUGACAAAAAUUGAAGCAAUUUGGGGAAACUACUUCAUGGGAUAAUCUGCAAAGCGAUAUAAAAAACAUUCCAGUCGCAAAAUAAUAUUGCUGGCAAAAUAUAAUUAAUAUGAUGUUUGUAUAUACUGCCCAUAACAACUAUAUAUUCUCUAAAGAUUUUGUGAACAAUGAAGAUAUAUUUUCUGUAAAAAGUGUAAAUACAAUCAUUCGAGAUGACUGCUAUUAUCCGAGAUAUGUAGAGUUAGUAAUAAACCUUGUUGCGGUCGUAAAGUUUUUACCUACAAAACCUGUUUAGUACUGAACUCAAUGUACAAAUAUAGUGAUUUAGUUUAAAUUGUUUAAAAUAUUAAAUGACAUUUAUUUGGGCAUGACCUCAAUCAGCAUUUUAAGCUCCAAUUACCAAAUGCUUUGUACUAUCUUUUAAAUAUAUUUUUUCAUGUAAAUGUACUUGACAGUGAGAAUUGGUAAUAAAUUCAGUUCAAUUAAAUU